UUGGCCAACACUCAGUAACCCUCAUCGCAGCGUGCUCCGUGGGGAGGAGCUGUUUCCUCACAGCUCAACACCCACACAGAGAGUAAGGUGGUGCACAGUCAGUGUUACAGAAGCUGUUCUCAUGUCAACUAAUGGCUCAGAGGCGACGAAGAAAGUAAGGCAUUUAAUCAUUGACCUUUCGGAAAGGACCUCACUGAUUACCACCAAGUAACUUUUUUAAACACCAGGACGCAGCGCGCAGCAGCUUUACGCCCCGGAGUCGAAACUAAGCACUCACUAUGUCUGAUGGGGACUAUGAUUACCUCAUCAAAUUCCUAGCCCUCGGAGACUCUGGUGUGGGAAAAACUAGCUUCCUCUACCAAUACACAGAUUCCAAGUUUAACUCCAAGUUCAUCACUACAGUUGGAAUAGACUUCAGAGAAAAAAGAGUGAUAUACAAAUCAACAGGUCCAGAUGGAUCUUCAGGUAAAGGACAGAAGAUUCACAUGCAACUGUGGGACACUGCAGGACAGGAGAGGUUUCGGAGUUUGACGACUGCGUUUUUUAGAGAUGCAAUGGGUUUCCUCUUGCUGUUCGACCUCACGAAUGAACAAAGUUUCCUCAACGUCAGAAACUGGAUGAGUCAGUUACAGAUUCAUGCCUACUGCGAAAGCCCGGACGUCGUUCUGUGUGGAAACAAAUGUGACCUGACGGAUCAGAGAGCAGUGAGUGAAGAGAACGCGCGUGAGCUGGCAGAGAAGUAUGGAAUCCCAUACUUCGAGACAAGUGCUGCAAACGGGCAAAACGUAAACCAGGCUGUGGACGUCCUGCUGGAUCUCAUCAUGAAGAGGAUGGAAAGAUGUGUUGACAAGUCUUGGAUCCCUGAUGGGACCGUCCGAGCUAAUGGACCCACCAACCCAGACCUCACAGAGGCCCCUGAAAGGAGCAAAUGUGCAUGUUAGAAACAUGGAUGAGCCAGUCUGGUCACAAAUCUGUGCUCAUGGUGGUGAAAAAAAAAUAGGAAUUCAUCCAAGUUUAUCAGUGGGAGUAUAUAUAUAUAAAUAUAUUAUAUACUGUAUGUAUUGUAAUCUAAGAGAGGAGUAACUUGAUAUUAUUUGUUUCCAUUAACCCACAAACUGGUGCAUUACUGAUAAAAUGUACAUUGAGAUGCUGUAUUAUUUUAUUCAGAGUUAGAUGCCUUGUAAUGUGGGUGUUUCAUUUCAAUUCUGUUCACUGGAUCAGUCUUCUGAACAAGAAACAUCUUACUGGAGUGUGGGAUAUUUAUUUCUUAUUAUGUGUAGAUUAAAAGUCCAGCUUUAGUCAUCAGCUGCUUAUGCUGAUCAUAUUUUCAGGAAAACAAAUCUUCUUAAGUAGCAGCAGAGACAGCUGCUGUGCCAGAUGUGCUUUAAAUUUAAUGAUGAAUAUUCUUUUACCUGCUGUAAAGUUUGCAUAGAAUCACACUAUAAUUAUUACUCUUUCUACAGUCAGAGGAAUGAAGUCUGAUACCUGCUGUUGGGAUGCACUUUUAGUAUCCUACAUGAUGCUUGUGAUGUACUACUGAUGCUCAUCUGAAUUUCAAACAGACCCUCUGUGCCACAGCCAAAGUAUUUUCGCUCACACUAACCAUCUAACAUUCGCCUAGUUGAUAACUCAUGUGAUUUCUUUUUGGACUUUUUCUUUUUUUCCCCUCAAAUGAGAAUUUAGGAAUUCAGUGCGACUAACAUAUCUACACUUCAGUAUAAACAGUGACCGGUUUGGCCAAUUAUAGUGAAACCACUGAUGUACAGAGGAGUACCUUUCAUAAAAAUCAUCAGUAUAAGACGAGCAGUAAUUUAAUCUGCCAAAUGAAUGAACAUUUGAAAACGUAUAGUUUUCAAAUUCUCUAGAUAUACUUUAAGGGGAGAAAUGUAAAUACAAAAUCAUGCAGGAUCUGUUCUGUCUGUAGAUUCUUAUUUUAUUAUAAUGUCAGUUUAGGGGGCAUGAAGCGUAGCUGACACACUUCACUCAGUUACAAUUUAAUUGAAUGUUUCAGACAUGAAAAAAACAAACCUAGAUGAUUCAGCCAGCCACCAACACAAACAAUAGAUAUAUCUCAAUCAAACUCACAAAUAUAAUCAAACUGUCUGAGAAUAAGAGAACAUAAGACUGUGGGGAUGAAGAUCUGUGUUCAGUCUUUAAAUUGUUUUGUAUGACUGCUUCACUGUUUUAUAAUGGAAUAUUGUCCCUUGAUUGAAAAGAUGACCAUCUCUGCUACUUUGCAACAAUACAUCGAACUUCAGGAUAAAAAAAUGUUCAAACAGCAAAUUCUUUAUUUCAAAUCUUAUAUACUACUGAUUAAGUUUAUCACAAGAUUUCGUCAUAAUCUGCGGUGAUUUCAGCCUCUGCUUAUAAAGAUGUCUGAUAGAAAAGCUGUAUUCAGCGCUUGGUGUAGUGAAAAUAGCUGUUAAAUUUAAGAGAGUCACUAAUAUUUUUUAUUUUAUUUUGAAAACUAAUUAUCCUAGAUAAUUUGAUUGGCAAGUUUUUAAAACAGGAAAUUAAGAUUCUCAAACUUCUCCACUCACAUUGAUUUAUAAUGCCAUUUAUUUUAUUAAAACAAAGAAGGGUAUUUAAACUCUUUGUAAAAACACUGGAAUAGAAUUGUGAUUUUUUAUUUUUUUUUGCCACAGCUGUAUUUAGUUCACACAAAAGUCUACAUAAUUUUACUUCUGUCAUUCUUCCUGUAUAAAUGGUAGAUGUGAUGUUUUACAUAAAAACACAUGAUAAUAUUUUUCCAUUCACAGUCUCAAUCCACAGAUGUGAAUAGCUAUCACUAAAAUAAUAUCUGAUUAUAUUAGCAAGUCAAACGAAAUGUUUCCUAUUUUCAAUUGUGCCACGAAGUUUCAUAUGCAAAAUAUGUUGACGAUGUCCAAAAAUAAACAUUUUUAUUUAUGUA